CCUAAAAAAGAAAGGGCAAGUGUUAAAAAUUAUACCACCUUCACUGUUAACACGUUCCUAUCCUCUCUUCCUCUUUAUUUUCAUUGUUGUUUUCCCUUCCUUUCCUUUUUAGUUCUUCUCUCUCUCUCUCUCUUAGAUCAAUUUUCUCUCCAUUUGUGUAUCCAGCUUCACACAACAGCCGUUUUUUUAUUUUUAUUUUUAUUUUCUCUUAUCUUUCUCCAAUGCUGUCUUGUUGAGGUUUAAUUUUUCUUGUAUAUCAUCAUCAACCGUUACCAAGAGAGGAGAAAAAAGAAACCAUCUUUUCUGGUUUUGUUUUCUGAAAGAAAGAAACAUUGAUUUUUCUUUGUUUUUGUAACUUUGUUUGGUCUUAAAAGAUCAGGAAAAGAGAAACAUGUUGGAUCUCAAUCUUGAUAUUGUCUCAAGCGAGUCAUCUUGUGAUGAAAACAUCAACAACAGCAGCAGCAACAACAACAACAACGUGUUGGUAAAUGGUGGAGCUGUGACGUUAACUCAAAUGGAAGAUUCGGGUUCGACGAAAUCUUCGAUCAUCAACGAUGAAGAUUUUCCGUCCAAUGCUGCCGUCAGGGAUGAGAACUCUUCCGAUGAUGCUUCGGCGACUUUCGUUUUCGAUAUCUUGAAGAAAGAAACGGGUGAUAAGACCACCAACAACUUCAAUACUAUUGUUAAAAAGGUCGAAAACCCUUCGCAGGACUUCGUUACUCGACAGCUUUUCCCGGUUAGCGGAGAAAAAGUCGGUGGUCCAGAGUUGGAGUUUGGAAGUACUAAACCUUUGGCUAGACCUCAGUGGUUGAAUUUAUCUUACGCUGAGUCUACCGGUGAGGCUGAGCUGACAACUUUUCAGAUAAAGCCUCAACCGAGGAAGAGUAGGCGAGGGCCUCGGUCCCGAAGCUCUCAGUAUCGUGGCGUCACAUUUUACCGGCGAACUGGCCGGUGGGAAUCACAUAUAUGGGAAUGUGGGAAGCAAGUAUAUUUAGGGGGAUUUGACACUGCCCAUGCUGCAGCUAGAGCAUAUGAUCGAGCUGCAAUCAAGUUCCGGGGAGUUGAUGCUGAUAUCAACUUCACUUUGAGUGAUUACGAGGAAGACAUGAAACAGAUGAAGAACAUGAGCAAAGAAGAAUUUGUGCAUGCUCUUCGUCGUCAAAGCAAUGGAUUCUCAAGGGGAAGCUCCAAGUACAGAGGGGUAACCUUGCAUAAAUGUGGUCGAUGGGAAGCUCGAAUGGGACAGUUCCUAGGGAAGAAGGCUUAUGAUAUGGCUGCCAUGAAAUGUAGUGGAAGUGAAGCUGUGACCAACUUUGAGCCAAGUACUUAUGAAGGAGGAGGCAAUGGUCAUUACAAUCUUGAUUUGAGCCUUGGGAUUUCAGCGACUCGAAACGGGAGCAACGAUACAGGGGAUUUCAUUUUUCGUAACACUACUGGCACCGGAGAGAGUUCUGGUUCUGUAUCUGUGGGUGUACAACCUGAUCAUUGUCAAACAAUUGCAUCUAGGCACCCUCCUAUGUUGUCUAAUGUUUAUCCUGCUGUUCUUUUACCAUACAAUGAGGGAAGGGCAAUACAGAAGAGACCUGAAGCUGUUUCAUCAAACUGGGCAUGGCAAAUGCAAGGGACUGGUAAAAUUAUUACACCAACCCCCGUGUUUCCUAUAGCAGCAUCAUCAGGAUUCUCUUCAUCCGUUGCCAUUGCUUCCUCCUCAUCAUCACUGAGUCCAGCUUUCAACAAUUCUGGCCGAAACCCUUGUUUCCCGGCACCGGCUACGUCUACCAAUAACACUUCCCAUUACUAUAAUUACAGAAGCUGAAAUCAACAUAGAAGUUUAGGAGCUGAUGCAAUUGUACAAUCAUUUGGCUCUCAAAUAGCGGACGCAACGCGACGUUACGGUUUUACUAUAGUUGUAGUUUCGGCUUUCGUUUUCAUUGCGGGAAUUCGAAUAGCUCGACAGGGUUAGCCAAAUCGUGUCCGAAUUCGUCGAGGGCUCGGAUAAGUUUGAUUAGUUGUCGAUUAACCAUACAGGUGACAUAGCUUCAACAGCAAUCAAAGGUCAAGUGGCUGAUAAAGUUGGAACAGGGCAUGGGGCCUUGAUGAUUGAGGUAGCAGUGUCCAAGCUUUGAUGCCCCUAAUUUACUGAAACCAAACGAAGUUGGUUGAGAUGUUGCAAGUUGCAUAUAUAUAUAUAUAAGGUCCUAUUUAUAAAAAAUAAAAGAAAAAUUGGUCCAA